AUGAAAAAUAUAGUCUGCAUAAAUAAUAAUAAUAAUAAUAAUAAUAAUAAUAAUAAUAAUAAUAAUAAUAAUAAUAAUAAUAAUAAUAAUAAUAAUAAUAAUAAUAAUAAUAAUAAUAAUAAUAAUAAUAAUAAUAAUAAUAAUAAUAAUAAUAAUAAUAAUAAUAACAAUAAUAAUAAUUUUGAAAAUGAAUUAUAA